GCGAUGCUGUCGGGCUCCUCCGGCUCUCUUUCUGCUGCUCAGAAGCGCAUAUGAACUCUGAUCACCACAGGUGUCAUCCGGGAACAGCACUGGGCUAGCAGAUCGUGCUAGCCGGAUGGGUAACGUUUCUACUGCGGUCAAGAACUGCCUGAGCUAUGAGAGGUUCUUGCGGGAUUAUCCUUGGUUUCCACGGCUCCUGUGGGAAGAGAAGUGUUCUGAACUGCCGAAGCUUCCACUUUGUGUCAAAAUUGUGGAGGUCGGACCAAGAGACGGACUUCAAAACGAGAAGGAAAUAGUGCCGACAGAGGUCAAAAUCCAGCUGAUAGACAUGCUCUCUCAGACCGGGCUGCCCGUCAUCGAAGCCACUAGCUUUGUGUCUUCAAAGUGGGUAGCACAGAUGGCAGACCACACUGCAGUGUUGAGAGGGAUUAAAAGGUCUCCUGACGUUAGAUACCCUGUUCUGACUCCCAAUACUCAGGGCUUCCAGGCAGCUGUUGCAGCGGGAGCUACUGAAGUGGCAGUGUUUGGUUCCGCCUCAGAGACUUUUAGCAGGAAGAACAUCAACUGCUCUAUAGAGGAGAGUUUGCAGAGGUUUGAGCAGGUCAUCUCUGCAGCCAAACAGGAAGGCAUACCAGUGCGCGGGUACGUUUCCUGUGCUCUUGGCUGUCCGUAUGAGGGACAAGUAAAACCGUCAAAAGUCACAAAGGUGGCAAAGCGGUUGUUUGAGCUGGGCUGUUAUGAGGUAUCCCUGGGGGACACCAUUGGCGUAGGCACCGCGGGCUCCAUGGCCGAGAUGCUGAGCGAUGUGUUGACAGAGGUGCCCGUCAGUGCACUGGCGGUGCACUGCCAUGACACUUACGGUCAGGCUCUGCCCAACAUACUCAUUGCUCUGCAGGUGAGCAACACUACGGUGGUCACUAUCAUGAGGUACCUUGUUCAUACAUGCAUGAGGGUUUGGGUGAUAUUGUAG